UUCUUCUGGAAAAUAAAUUUAUAUUAGAAGAAAUAGUGAAUAAUUGCAACAACAAAAUUAAGUGAAAAACCUCAUGUUAUAGUUACUGUGUUCGCCUGUUAAUGACUACAUAAACAACGGGCAAAUCACCACGGAUUUCAACUGGGUAACUCUUGCAUCAAACUGAAUUUAAACGGGAAUAGCGGGCCGGAGCCGCGCCACCACCCACACAGACAACAGCAGCUGAACUUUGGCCACAUGGGUGGAAACAGCGCAGCUGCCAAUUCGAACGCUUUCAGCGCCGGCGGCUACAUUGGGCCGACCACAAGUCUGGGUGCCGCCGGUGGCAGCGACUUGAUACCGGCGCCAAUGGGCACUGGCACUGCAUUGGGCAGCACAUCCUUUGCAUACGGCGGGACUAGCUGGGAAGAGUUUUGCGAUCGGCAUGCGCGAGUGGCCGCCAGCGACUUUGCCAAGGCGUGUAUUAACUACAUUAAUGGCAAUCUGCCACCGGAGGUGGCUCGUAGCAUACCACACCGCAGCUUUGCUGUAAAGUUUGUCGAAUACUUCUCGGAGCACUACGAUACAGAGUUCUUUCGACGACGCAGUAAUCUGAAGACAGACAUUGGAUCCCUGCUUUGCGAAGGCGGCGGUGAUGGCGGUGGCGGUUUCGAUACGGAGGAGCACGAGGUGUCGAGACUGUUUCCCAAGUCGCUGCUGCGGCGCCUUUCCUUUAAGGGACUGCGCAAGGGCAAGAAGCUCUUCUUUUUGCAGGCGUUCUUUCACAAGAACUCGGACGACGUGGACGGCGUGGGUAGCAGCAAGCAGAGCAGCAAGACGAAGUUGGCCAAAAUAGUGGUCGAGUGCCGCAAGGAGGGCAUUGUCAACAAUUUGACUGCCGAGAGCUUGGACCAGACGACGGCCACACAAAAGUGGGAGAAAUGCCGCCUGGCAUUGGUCAAGGCCGUAGGCGGUUACAUGCUUGAAUUUUAUACGCCACCCAAGGCACCAAAGCCACACAGCGGCGUCUUCUGCUUCCUCAUCUCGGAGGCACGCGAAACAACCACCCUGGAGAUGCCCGAUCGCCUGAACACGUUUGUGCUCAAGGCCGAUAACAACAUGGAGUACGUAAUUGAGGCAGCGAGUGCCGACGAAAUGCGCAGCUGGCUGGCCACAAUACGCUAUUGCAUGCGCACACCGCCAACACAGCAGCCGAUCCUCAAUUCGGAUGUCAUAGCGGUGGCCAUGCAGACAUCACCGGUGACAACCAAUCCGAAUCCAACAACAAGCGCGCCCAGUGGUGCAUUGGGAGGCAUACAAAAUCCUCAAUAUCAGCAGCAAGGUGGUCUUGUCUUGGGCGGCUCCAAUGGAAAUUUGGUCAACUCACAGUCAGCGGACAGCGCCUUGGCCGCCAUCUCGGCCAGUAAUAGUAACGCGAAUGCACCUGCCGGCGGCAAUGAUGUGAAUGCCAUUUCUCAGGCUAGCAUCGAGCUGAGUAGCACGCCACCCGAAAUACCAUCGCGUCCAUCACGAGGCGAGCGGGGCGAACAGCGUUUGUCAGCCUCCAGCAAUUUCGAUGGCACCGAGCUGGUUGAAACAGAAUCCGAUGUGAAUGUGGCCGAUCUGACAGCGGAGAUGCGUCUGUUUCCCUGGUUCCAUGGCACGUUACCGCGUGCUGAAGCCGCUCGCAUGGUGCUGCAAUCGGAGGCCGCGGGACAUGGUUACUUUUUGGUCCGCCAAAGCGAAACACGACGUGGCGAGUUUGUGUUAACAUUCAAUUUUCAAGGACGUGCCAAGCAUCUGCGGCUGACAAUCUCCGAAAAGGGCCAGUGCCGAGUGCAACAUCUAUGGUUCCCCACCAUACAAGAGAUGCUCGAACAUUUUCGACACAAUCCCAUACCGCUUGAGUCGGGCGGCACUUCCGAUGUGACGCUUACGGAUUGGGUGCAUCACACCAGUAGACUGAACGACGGAGCACCCAUAACAACAAUUGCCGCCGCAGCGCAUGAGCCGGGCGCCGAUGCGUCCGCUGGAGCGAGCAACGCUGCCGGCAGCUCUGGCCAUGCAAAUGGCAAUGGCAAUGGACAUCCAUCGCCGAGACAUCGCAACGAAGUGAUUACCAUGAAUCUAAGUGUUCGCCUAAAGACAAACGAAAUCGAACUGCCACAAGAGCCAACACACGUCUAUUUUCCGGAGCAAGUCUACUUUCAUUUGGAUCCCUCAACGCUGACCGUGCACAAUUCGCCACCGGCAGGUCAAGGUUUUCUAGAUCAGCCGCACCUGCGUGCAUCGAAUGCUUCACUGCAGGCAACCCAUCCGGGCGUGGUGACGACACGCCAUGCCGCUGACACCACGGGCGCCAACAGUGGUGCACCCGGCAGCAGCGGUAGCGGUGGAGCAACUGGAGCCGAGUGCAGCGGACGCGCCAUUGAUAAUCAGUAUAGCUUCACUUAGGCAAAUGUCGCCAGUGGAUUGAUUUUGAACUUCUUGCGCGGAAUUUGUUUUUUUUUUAUUUUUUGUGCCAUUGCAUACAAGCAGCAGCGAAAUUUUUUUCUAUUUGUUUAGAGCCUUUUCUGUAUCCGUACUUGUGUUUGCUAAAAGAUGUGUAAGUCGUAUAUUUCUUGUUUCUAUUAGUUUUAGAGCCUUUUUGGAAGACAUGAAGUAACUGAAUAUUAUUACGAUUAUGAUUGUAUACAUUAAAUAGCUAAAUAUGUGUGUUCAUUUUAAGUAAAUAUGUAAUUGUUGUAUGUAUAACAAACAAAAACAAAAUUGUAAAUUUGGUGGCACCAAAGGUGCAACAUUUGCGAAUCCUAAAACUUCCUGCUUUACAAAAAAACAAAUACAUACAUAUAUACAUAAUAUAUAUAGAAAAUACAAUAUAUAUAUAUAUAUG